GUAUAUGAUGGUCCCUACCCCAGGGACCCUGAAUCAUGAUGCAACUGCUAAUAAAAAGUCACUGGAAACAUUUCACGCUGUGUGUAUAGGACAGCUAGACAAGAAGCCAGGAUACUCUGGCCCAGAAGGAGCCUCACGCAGGAAGAUGGCUUCUGCAGCGACAGAAGAAGAGAAGGGGUCUCCUGUGGUGGUGGGGCUGCUGGUCGUGGGGAACAUCGUUAUUCUGCUGUCAGGCCUGGCCCUGUUUGCGGAGACAGUGUGGGUAACAGCUGAUCAGUAUCGCGUGUACCCCCUGAUGGGCGUCUCAGGGAAGGAUGACGUCUUCGCUGGGGCCUGGAUUGCCAUCUUCUGCGGCUUCUCCUUCUUCGUGGUGGCCAGCUUUGGUGUAGGAGCUGCACUCUGUCGGCGGCGGUACAUGAUCCUCACGUACCUGCUGCUGAUGCUCAUUGUCUAUAUCUUUGAGUGUGCCUCCUGCAUCACAUCCUACACCCACCGAGACUACAUGGUGUCCAACCCGUCCCUGAUAACCAAGCAAAUGCUGACCUACUACAGUGCAGACACUGACCAGGGCCAGGAGCUAACCCGCCUCUGGGACCGGAUCAUGAUUGAGCAAGAGUGCUGUGGCACAUCUGGCCCCAUGGACUGGGUGAAUUACACAUCUGCCUUCCGGGCAGCCACCCCGGAAGUGCUGUUCCCGUGGCCCCCCCUGUGCUGUCGUCGGACAGGGAACUUCAUCCCCAUCAAUGAAGACGGCUGCCGUGUAGGCCACAUGGACUACCUAUUUACCAAGGGUUGCUUCGAGCACAUCGGCCACGCCAUUGACAGCUACACGUGGGGCAUAUCGUGGUUUGGCUUUGCCAUCUUGAUGUGGACACUCCCUGUGAUGCUGAUAGCCAUGUAUUUCUACACCACUCUCUGAGGAGGAAUGGGAGACCAUAGACGCCCUCUGCCCGAAGCUCCUGCCUCUCUGCUGAGCCUGGACACCCUCAAGCUCCUCCCUAAUCCACCGUGUACCUCCGCCACAACCUGCCCCGUCUACCUCCCUCCAUUUUGCCUUCUUGCAAUUCCAACAUCCCUUUCUAGAUGUAGGAGCUGCCCCGGACUCUCACUGUUCCCCUGGCCCUGGAUUUGUGUGCCUGGACCCCCUUGGCCCUGCUGGCAGUAUAUCCUGUCCUCAGAGACCCUUUGCUGCUCCUAGCAACCCAUCACGCACCUCUCCGUGACUUCCAGAACUUCCUGCAGGUGUAGCCACUGUCGCUCAGUAGUUUGUAUAAGCUCUUAUAGACCAGAUUGCUAUCAGAGGAGGGUGACACAUUCUGCUGUGGUCAUUGUGGGGGUCCCCAUCAGCACCCCAACAUGUGUCUGAGCAUGGACCGGAUAGCUAAUAAAUACUGGCUG